AUGUCUGCCGAAUGGUCUCUCGAUUUCUGUCUGGUCUGCGACCGCCAGACCCUAGGCAGCCCCUACUGCUCCCAGUCCUGCCGUCUCGCCGAGCUGUCGUCUGACAACCCUACUCUGGCUCACUCUGCCUCCUCGUCCGAAACCACCCCCAACUCGGAACCCUCAGACUCGCUCCGGCAAUUGCUAUCAGCCUCAUCCUCACAAACCUCUCUGUCCUCCCUGAAGAGUCAUCCCUCCGACUCGGCGGUGCUAUCCAACCACCUCCAGGAUGAGCUGCGUAACUAUGCCAGCUCCUUCGACCAAGUCCGAGAUCUCAAACGACGGAUGACCUCCUAA